AAGGGCAUAGAUCUGUACCGUCAUAUGACAUAAUUCCGUCGAUACAAGAAACUUAGUGUAUAAUUUCUCAAUACGUCACUGGGUGGAAAAAUCACCCACAAAGUAGGCUAGAUCGAAGAAUUUUCCAGAAACAGAUGUGAAACCUCUGCAAUCGUCAGGAAUCCAUAUUUCUGCUUGUAACCUGUAAAUGUUGCCGUACAUUGGGCUUUCAUUAUUAUUGAAUAAAUCAACAAGUGAAGGCGGUGGAUAGGGUUUGGAUCUCUAUGCAAAUCUAGGGUUUCUCCGUUUGUGAAAAUAUUAUUCUUCAAUGGUGACGGUGAGCAUUCUGAUGGUAAUUUCAUUGUUUUUGAUGAGUCCGGCAACAGCCAUUUUCCCUUACAGAUGGCGUACCGGCGAUCUGUGGGACGCAAUUUUGGAUCCCCUGAAGCUCUUGGAUCAAAAUUCUCCCUCCGGUCCGAACGGUGCGGAAGAUGUUGCCCUGGCCCCAACUAACUGGAAAGAAACCACUCAAGCUCAUGUGUUUAUCGUCGAUGUACCAGGGUUGCAGAAGGAGGAGAUAAAGAUUGAAGUGGAUGAAAACAGGGUGCUUACAAUUAGCGGACAGCGAGUCAAAGAAGAAGAGAAAUUGGGCGAUAAAUGGCACAGAGUGGAGCGUGGUGUGGGUAAAUUCUGGAGGCGAUUUAAUUUGCCAGGCAACGUAGAUAUUGAUAGCGUGAAGGCUAGUUUAGACAAUGGUCUUUUGACUGUCGCCGUUGCCAAAAUUAGUGACGGCAAAGCUAAAACGUCCAAAAUUGUCGACAUUGCUGACAGCACUGGUGAGCUGUGAAUGUAUUCUGCUGUAAAUUGUUUGUGAAAUCAAUUAUUAGUUAGAUAAGCGAUUUCUUCUGAACUUAUUGAGGAUAGGGCAGAAAUCCCACCACAUGUUUCUGAUUCUUAAUUUACAGGACAGUACAUUCUUGGCUGGUUGUCUGUAGGCUAAAAUUGUUCUUUCUAUCAGUCAAGAAUUUUUUAAGUUGGAUUGAAAUAAUUUUUUGGAAGUGGGUAGGUAAUAGGGAAGAGGACUCAAUAGUUGUGGUGUUCAAAAUGCUUGUGAUAGAAUUUAAUUAAAUGUUCAUUAUAUUGA